GCACCGGAGAGAGAGCACACGUGUGGGAUUGGUGCUGUACCGCAGUUAUGGUAUAAACACCCUGUGCAGAAUCAGUGACAUAGAUUAGACACGAUUCGAGAUACUUGGGAUAUGAGUUUGACUGUUCUGUGGCAGCCGUUAUGAAAGGUGUUGAAGCACACUUUAAAACCCCAGAAUGUUCAGGAUAUCAACUCUUCGGCGUCUCACAAGGCAUUACAGUCUGGGACAAUGUUAUUCCUUACAGUACCAGAGCCCGUCCCUGACCUGGAAGAGUUCAGCUUGCAGUGAUGUUGGAAUUAUUGCUCCUUGCCUAAGAGCACUGCGACUGGGGCCACUGCUGCCUUCACAAUGUGGGACUCUCAGUGUGUCAUUGACUCUGCAGCAUCCCUACUGCACUGCAUCAAGGGAUAGCAGAUCACGACCAGCACAGAGCCCCUUGGACGCCAAGUCCAACCGGGAACAGGAACAAGAUCAUGAGGGGUUAGAGGAUUUUGGAACUCUUGCCAAAUCCUAUUCAUCCCGAAAGUUUUUCCGAAAAACAUCUCCAGAGCUGCAGAGCUUGCAGUUCAGAGACCCUGAAGAUGAGGAAGAAGAGCCCGAGGUGAAGCCCAGAGCAGUGCAGAAGAACACAGCCUACUGGUACUUCCUGCAGUGCAAGAAGCUGAUUAAAGGGGACAAGGUAAAGUCAAUCAGCUGCCGCUCUAGAAACUACUCCCUGGACUACACAUCACAAGAAAAGCUUCAUUCUAAGCUUGCGGAGGCCCUGGAAAUGUUUCAGUCUCAGAUGCUGAAGGUGGAGCGUCUGCAGCCGGAGGAGUUCAAUUACACAGUGCUGAUCGGGGGCUGUGGCCGGGUGGGAUACAUCAAGAAGGCUUUCAAACUUUACAAUAACAUGAAGAAGCGUGGCCUGGUUCCCACCGAUGCCACCUACACGGCCCUGUUCAAUGCCUGCGCAGAAUGCCCCUGGAAGGACAGCGGGCUGGAGCACGCUCUGAGGCUGCAGCAGGAGCUGAAGGCCAAGAACAUCCAGCUGAAUCUAAUCACGUACCACGCCCUGCUCAAAACCUACGCGCUGUGCUCCGAUCUCAGGGCCUGCUUCCAUGUGCUUAAGGAAAUGGUGGAGAAGGGUCAUGUGAUCACACAGGAGACCUUUAACUUUCUUCUGAUUGGCUGUAUAAAGGAUAAGGAGCAUGGGUUCAGGUUCUCCUUGCAGAUAUGGCGUCAGAUGUUGAAGCUCGGACGAGAGCCUGAUGCACACAGCUACAACCUGCUGCUCCGCGCUGCUCGGGAUUGUGGGAUAGGUGACUCCUCGCUGGCCUCCCGUUUGCUGCUGCAGAGCGAAGAGGAGGUUACCCCCAAAGUCACGAGGGCAGGUCAGAAGGUCAGAGGUCGAAAGGAGAGGACGAGCGGGGAAACUAUCGACGUUGAAGCUCUGGAGCAGCAGAUCUUUGUGGAUGCUCCUGCACAGCCUGGAGUAACUGAAUUGAAGAAGGAAACUUUGGGCGAGACUUUGAAGUCCAUGGCGUUAAACAGUAAAGCUGAGAGAAAUCUGAAGGAGCAAGAAGUGUCUUCGGACCUGGUGCCUGUGAGCCACAUUGUACCAGUGGAAUCCGGUUCAAACCUAGUAGCUGGUGUUGGUAUAAAACCUCCAAACCUUCUUGAUCUCCACAUUAAUAACCCCCAUGUGGUUUCCUUGGGUUCAGUGGUCACGCCCUCCGACAGGCUUGGCUUGAUUGGGAACAUGGACGGAUUCCUAGCCAAGAUGCAGGAGAGCGGUGUGGCCCCUGACAUUAAAACUCUGACUCUAUUGGCAGAAGUAGUUGAACCCAAAAGCCAGUCGGAAUCCAGCCUGUUGUCUGUGCUUGAGGAGCACAAGAUAAAACCUGAUAUCUCCUUCUUUAACACGCUGGUCAGAAAACGAAGCAAACUGGGUGACCUUGAAGGAGCUAAGGCCCUGUUGCCCAUUCUGGUUGACAGAGGACUGGCACCCAACCUGCCCACAUUCUGCAACCUGGCAAUAGCCUGCAGGAGAAAGAAGGAUGGGCUGCAGCUUCUCUCUGACAUGAAGAUGUCAGGAGUGACCCCCAAUGCCCACGUGUACGGCGCCCUGAUUAACAGUGCCACGAAACGGCUGGACUACGUGUACCUCACUGAGAUCCUGAGGGACAUGCAGAGCAGCCAGGUCCCCCCCAACGAGGUUAUCAUCCGGCAGCUGGAGUUCGCUGCUCAGUACCCAGCCAAAUUCGACAGGUACAAGUCAAAAAACACCUACCUGGAGAAGAUUGAUGGUUUCCGUGGUUACUACCAUAGCUGGUUGAAGUCCAUGGCUGCUGAGGAGUCUCUGCACCCCUGGGACAAAUACAGAGUCCCAUUGAAACCUGAGGAAGAAGUGGGUGGGGAGGAGGAAUGGGCAGCAAGCAAAGAGACGUGUUGAGGAUCACUUCAAAACCUUGUACUGCUGGAGAAUACCAAUGUGUGCAAGACAAGCUGC